AUGGAAGGUUUUGAAAUCACCGAGGAGGGAAAGAAGAGAUCGAAGUUUAAAGCUCUUAAGAGCUUUUUUGGCAAGAAGAAGAAGAAAGAGCCAGAAGAUGUCCCAGAAGGGAGACUGCUAAAGCCAAGCUUUUCCAGCAGCAGUAUUAACGUGUCUUCUCUGCAGCCAGUACUGGAAAUACAAUCAAUGGAGUACACGUCUAAGAGCAGCAUGGGAGCCAAGGCCGUAUCCCAUGAUAGUGUCUUCUGUUUGGAUCCUGAGACCGAAAACUCAGGAAGCAAACUGCACUCUUCUCCGCAAUCCUGGAGAGGCAGAUCACUGAAGGGUGCCUCUGGACCGUACUUGGAUCCUGAGCUAUCCCAGUCCUCCCAAAGCAGCCCUCAGCAGCCCAUGGGGUUCAGCACCCCAGCCACCUCCUGCUUGGAUUCUUCAGCUGCUAAAUACAAGAUAGCUUUAAACCCCCGGAAACAGAAAAAGAAGAAACGUUCCACUUCCGUGAAAGUAAAGCAGGAAGAUCAAGACCAUUCACUGGAAUUCAAAGAAAAGACUACAACCAAGACAAAACAAGCUGACCAGAAGGAGCAGCAAAGGGACAGCACAGGACUCUCAAGCCAGGAGCAGAAGACAAGAGGUCAGGCUCUAAGUACCGAUGCUGCCUUGAGCCCAGGCUACUUGACUUCAGAGUCCUAUCCAAGAAGACGUAGAAGAAGGGACAAAAAUGAGUCAGGGAUCAUAGAAAGAAGCGUUCCCAAAUCCACUCAAGUGUGUGGCCUGAGCAGUAGAGGCAAGUCCUCACCUAGUGAAGUGUUGGCUGGUAGGGAGCAUUCUUUCUUGCAGCUUUACCUGGAGAAGCAAAGCACAGAGCAGCCUUCAACCUCAGAAGCAGAAGUUUCUAGGCCUCAGGAGAUGCUGUCAGAUAAAGAGGAUGUGAAGAGGGAAAUGACUGACAUAGAUGUUGAAGCCUCAAAAGCACCAGCACCACAGCCCACACCUACGUAUAUGGUGGAGUCCAUGGCUGGUAGUCCACCAUCGCGCCGUAAAGAUCGGUCUUCUGGGAGCAAGAAGAAAAAGGAUCGAGCUGCUUUGCUGCCAUGGAUAAGAAAAUCUACAAGCCAAGAAGAGGCCACUGUCUCGAUGAAAGGCGAGGCUCAAGUACAUACCAACCCUUUUCAAGUUGGUGGAGAAGAGGUAGAAGCACUCAGACCUGGUUUGCAAAGGUUUCAACCCAAACAUCACUCAACCCUGAAGAGUUCAACUUAUUACAAAGAGAGGCAUUCCAAAAGAGGUCUCCGGGCCUUUUCUGGGAGUGUCUCAAGCGCUACUGUAAAAGAUGAUGGUUCUGUGCAGAUAGUGUCUCUCCCUCUCAGAAGGUGGCCAAAUGCAAAGGAAAUCUCCUCAGAGUCUAAGAGUUCAUCAGAGUAUGAGAGUAGUUCUGAAAUGCAGCUGGGUCCUACACAUUCUUUAAAGCAUAAAGAUGAGGAGGAGGAGGAGGAGGAGGAGGAGAAGAAGAAGAAGGAGAAGAAGAAGAAGAAAGAGGAGGAUGAAGACGAUGAGGACGAUGAGGAUGAUGAUGUCUUUCUCAAAUCAGAAAAUGUAGGUGCAGGACUGAGCAUGACGAAGAAGCAGAAGUUUCACGGAUAUUCAUCCCAGCCAGUAAGGAAAGCCCGAGCUAGAGAAGUCUCCUCAGAACCAAGGAGUUCUUCAGAAGAUGAGAGAAGUAGUGAGGAAGUGACAUCUGUCUACUCUUCCCAGUCCUUGGAGGAGUUUGAAGAAUGCUCAGAAUCAAGAGGUUUCAUCUCUGGAGAGCAGCUGGCUCCCAGGAGCCAAUCCCAUGGCUUAGAGGAGGCCGAGGAAAAGGGAGUCUCCACAGAAUCAAGUAGUUAUGUGGAGAAGUACCACAGCUCCGAGGAUCUGAGCAGCUCAGAGGAAGAGCAGCUUCUUGAACGCCCCAAGCAGGCAUGGGGGCAGUUCAGAGACAAGCAAGAAGUGCCCCCGGUUUCAAAGCGUGCUCCCAAAGAGCGGAGUGUUUCUGCCAAGCCAGUGCGCACCAUAUACACUUCUCCACCCAUGGUGAGUUCUAUUAGGCAGCAACAACCCCCUGUCUUGGUGAACAUUUCUCUAAGACAGAGCAGGUCUAUGGAGCCAUUGUCUCCGAGACACACUGUCAAGGCAUGGUUGUGCUCUCAGCCUGAGCAUCAAGAGUUUACAGACUUAGAGGACAUGCCUGCUGACUGGGACAUUUUAACUCAGCCAGGAUGUCCUUCUCAGUCCCCAGCCAGACCAGUGCUUGAGAAAGAAGCUUUUGCAGGCCCAGAACUUGCUGUUUUUCAAGAAAGCAUUGCUGCACAGCCUCGCAGAUAUCCUUCCCAGGCCCCCCCAGUUAGUCCAAACACCAAGAAAGAACUAUCGUUGGGUGAAGAAAGUGUUGCAGUUGAGGGACGUGCUUCCAUGGAGCCUUUGCCUCCUUGGCGGCGGCGGCAUCGUUCUCAGCCACUAUUGAAACCCUUCAUCCAGCAACAGGUGUCUGCUUUUGAAAGAGAGGUUUCUGUGGAUCCAAGACCUGCAACACACCCUCUCCAGCCAUGGAUGAAGCCUCAGGGGAAGCAAUCAUUUUCUUCAACUCCUGAGAGUACAGCAUUAGAAGGGAACACAUCUAUGGAGCAUGCGCCUCCGACCCCUUCCCAGCCUAGGUUGCAGCCUUAUCAAAACGUGCCUUUAGAAUUUGAGGCUCUCCCUGCUAACAUCAUUUCCAUGGGUCCAGUGCACUCCAGGUAUCCCGCUCAGCCCUUAACGAGUCCUCAAAGCCAACCGGUCUCAGAAAGCACCUCUGUAAAAGGUGAUGUUUUGAUGGAGCUUCUUCCCUCUCAGCCUUCAGCGAUGCCCAAAUUCCAGCCACCAAUGACCCAAGAUUCAGUGAGAGCUCCCACCCAAUGGAGCAGCCCCAUGGAGGCAAGGUCUGCUCAGCCUACCUUCCAAUCACAGGCAAACCCUAAACCUAAGCAAGUCCCCUCAGGUCCAGAUAAGCUUGAAGGCCAAGGGAGCAUCUCUAUACAGCCAGGUCCUCCCCGAUGGUCUUCGCAGCUAUGGCUGAGCCCUACCUUCGAGCAAAUAUCUGUACCCCAAGGCAGUGUUAGUGCUAAGUGGGUCGAUCCUAUUUAUUCAGCAGCUCCCAGAAUGCCUUCUCAGCUCUUGAUGGGGUCAAUCAUUCCUGUAGACCCAUUGUCUCCUAGACACCCUUCGCAGGCACGGCUGACCACUCCAUUUGAACAGGGCUCUGCGCCUCCAGACAGUGCUGCUGCAUGGGACAUUCCUAUUCCUCCAGCAAUUCCCGGAAAACCUUCUCAGCCCUUGAUGGCAUCAGCAGUCAAGCAGCCACCAGUCUUCACCGAUUUAGGGAGUGUCUCUGUACCACAGAGCAGCUCUGUGGAGUUAAUGCCUUCUGGGUUCCCUUGCCAGCCAAGAGCAGAUCCCGAGAGCUGUGCAGUAGGAGAGGCAGUUUCUAUAGUGAUGAGGCCUAGAAGACCUCAUUCUCAGCCCCCAAUGAGCUCAGAAUUCAAGGAAGGCGUUUCCUCAGCUCCAGUGAGAGCUUCUGGAGAAUGGAGCGUUGGCCCAGAGCCAGUGCCUUCCAAAUAUACUCCUCAGCUGGCCUUGGGCCCUGAAUUGGAGCAACAAGCCUCAAGUCUAGAAGGUGUUGCCAAAGAGGGGGACGCUUCAAGGGAGGCAUGGCUUUCAGGGCAUCCUUCCCAAACCAUUGUCAAACAUAAAGUCCAGAAAAUACCAUCAAGUUUUCAGAGUCCCUUUACCGAGGGAGGCACUCCUUGGAAGCCACUGCCUCCCAGGUGCCCCACCUCGUCCUCAGUGAGAUCCAAAGUUCUGGAAAUAUCCUCCCGUCUCGAGAGUGCUGUUGCUGAAGAGAGCUCUCAGAGACCACAGAAUAGUAGGGCUGCUCCUUCCCAGUCGUUUGUGAGGUUUAUGGCACAGCAAGUGUUUUCAGAGAGCACUGAUAGUGAAACGAAGACUUACACAAAGCCUAGGCCUCGGAAUAGGGGCCGUCCGUCCAGAGCCCAGUUGAGGCCUAAACUCGAGGAGCACAGUUCCUCAUAUAGCUGGAACGAAGAGCCCAAGGAAGACACCACUUUGAAGAAUCUGCCCAUGAAGCAGCCUUCUCAGUCACCCAGAAGGCCUGAAGGGCCUCAAGAAGUUCUGCCGUAUUUUGAGGGUGCCCCUUUGAAGUGGAGCAGUUUUGCAGGGGAUGCCUCUCAGUCCCCGGGGAAGCUUGAAUACUGGCAGAAAGCCUCAGUUCCUCUCAGGUUUCCUGAAGAGGGGAAGAAGUCUGAAGGACACCUGCCUUCCACGCAGCCUUCUCAAGCCUUCAAUGUGUCUGGGUUGCAGUCACCGAUUUUAUCCACGGAGUGGGGCCGUCCUGAGGGGCAUCCUCCUCCGAGUCGGCCUCGGGCAUUCUUGAGCGCUGACUAUGAGCAAGAAGUUUAUUUAAGAUCUGCCAAUAUUGCUGCUGAAGGAACCGUUUCUGAGAAGACUCUUGGCAGCAGGCCCAUGUCAAAAGGUCCAGCUUCUUCAGCAACACCCAUGAAAUACAGUCAAGGCUACGGGGAUGUCACUAAAAGCACCCCAAUUUCUGCUACUAAACCUGCAAGCCCUACUACUGUUCCUGCCCAGAAAGCAUUAGUUGCCCUGGGCACUUAUUUUAAAGAGGAAUUUCCUCAGAGUCCUGAUGGAAAUGAGAGCCUUUCAGUCCUAUCUAGCAGCAGGGCUGGUGUCGAAAAUGUUUUCGGAGUGCGGCUGCGAAGCAUCUCACAGAAGAGUGGAAUAGAGAAUCCAUAUCCUUCUGCGUCAUUUGACCCAGUUUCAUCAUCAGUAAGCAAAGACUGGAUGAGCAAAGGAGCUCUCCAGGACCCCAGUGGGGGCCCAAAGAAGUCCAGCCCAGCACUUAGCGUUGUGGAAAAGCAAGGGAACAGGACCAGAUAUGAAGGCACUUUCAAGAAAGCAGCAGUUUACAGGCCUCCAGAAAAGACCUCUAGUUGGGAAGCAGGUUACUCUACAGAGCCAGCUUGGAUUGCUGUGGCAAAACAGAGGCAAAAGGGCUUUGCCUCCCACCUUUCUAGGAGAGCCAGAAGCAAAGAUGAAAUUAUGGCUGAGACCAAGGAGUCUAGAUAUGAGGAGAAAAAUGAUUCAGAGUCAGAAGUCCCACCAAAGGAACCUGAACCUAUAACCGAUAUCCCAGAAAAGAUGUCUUUUGCUUCCAUUAUUCACAGACAUGAGAUGAUACAGUCAAGGCUGUCUAAAAAAUCAGUUGCAUUUGAGAAGAAGAUGUUUCUCCCAUAUAUGAAGGAGAAAGAAACCAGAAGAUCUUCAAGUCUUCCACCCAGAUUUCCAUCACAGAAGGAGCCUGUGUGGUUCUUAAUGGCCAAGAAGAAAGCCCAAGCAUGGAGCCAAAUGGCAGAGACCAUGCAAUAA